AUGGGGGGAACCGGUAAGACUACGCUUGCUAGAAAAGCAUUUGAAAAUAAAUGUAUGGUGGAACACUUUGACGUUUGCCUCUGGGCCACAAUAUCUCAAGAGUAUAGCCUUCACAAAAUUUUGUCAGAGCUCUUGUCUCAUCUAAGAAAAUCCGAUAGUGGAACUGGAACUGGAACGGGAACCGUUGAUGAAUUGCAAGAAAGGUUAUACAAGAGUUUAUAUGGGCUAAGGUAUUUGAUUGUUCUAGAUGAUAUGUGGAAUGUUAAAGCUUUGGAUGAUAUGUUAUUCCUGUUUCCGGAUACAAACAAUGGAAGUCGAAUUAUUUUGACUACCAGGCAUUCAGAUAUAGCCAACGCUUUAGGCAUUUUUCCUGUUGCAAUGAGUCUUCUGGAUGAAGACAAUAGUUGGCAUCUAUUUUGUCAAAUAGCAUUUGCAGAGCAGCAAGGUUGCCCUCCUGAGUUGGAGGAGGCUGCAAUGAAGAUAGUUGCAAAGUGCAAAGGACUUCGCCUCGCAAUUGUUGUCAUUGGAGGUCAUCUCAGAAAGUCCUCAAUGGCUCUAGACUAUUGGGAGAAUGUUGCAGAAUCAAAUUUGAACGAUGAACAGUGCUUGAAUGUAUUAUCUUUGAGUUAUAACUACUUGCCUGUUCAUCUGAAGCCAUGUUUCCUAUUCAUUGGAGCAUUUCCAGAAGACUGUAUUAUCGAUGCGUGGGAUGUUGUAAAACUUUGGAUUGCCGAAGGAUUUAUACAACAAGGCGAAUAUUCCAGCUUGGAAGAGGCUGCAGAGUAUUGUUUAUGGGAUCUUUAUCUGAGAAAUCUCAUUGUAGUUGAUAAGUGGGAUCAACGUGAUGAAAUUUAUACAUUUAAAGUACACGAUCUAGUAAGAGAUAUGUGCCUGAAGAUUGCCAAGGAGGAGGAGUUUUUAUAUGCGUUUGAAACUCCAAGAGCCAUAAAUAGAGAGCGUCGAGUUGUAAUCAAUGGAGAGACGAAUCAUGAAGUAAUAGCCUCUGAUGCUCCAGUCCGUUUUCUGAUGUGGGAAAGAGGUUGUUAUGAUACCAGCAAUCUGUAUGACUUGAAACUGUUGAGAACGUUGCGAAACAUUACCACAACAUCAAUAAGUGGGUCUAUUCUUCAGCAACUGAACUUACGGGAAAAUCGCUUGGUAAUGAGAAAUCUAGGCUCACUUUAUAGAGUGGAGAAUUUUAGGCUCAGUGAUGAGGUUUGCAAGAGAAUCCCCAAUGUCACGGAACUAAGGUUAUCCUAUUGUGAUGAAUUUGAUGACAGUUCCAAGUGGCGUGAGUUUGUUACGAGCCUCACUUUCCCAAGCACGCUUGAGUUCUUGUGUUUAAGUGGUUGUGGUGUUGAUUGGGAAGAAUUGACAAUGAUGGUUGGAUCAUUGCCCAAUUUUUUUGAGCUUCAAUUACUUCAGGAUUCAGUCACUGGAUCUAUUUGGAACCCAGAAGAGGAGAAAUUCCUUAGAUUGAAAUACUUGACUAUUCGUGGUUGUGAUGAUUUAGUUUAUUGGAAUGCAGACAGGUUCCAUUUCCCCGUCCUGAAAGGUCUUUACCUUGGAUAUUUGUGUAAAUUGGAUGAGUUCCCUUCUGGUUUGGGAGAAAUAGCAACACUCGAGUAUAUUGAAUUGGAAUUUUGCAGCGCAUCUUUGACCAUUUCAGCAAUGAGAACAUUAGUUGAACAAGAGGAGCAAGGUAAUGACAGUCUUCGGCUUGAUGUAUAUUUUCAGGGUGAUAAGGAAAGCUUCAAACAAAAGGUUCAAGAAGAAGGUCUCACAAGCACUAAUCUAUCUCUGCAUCUCCAGAGAUCCUAA